ACCUCUGCCCCCCUCCACACAGGGCGAUGGGCUGGAGCUGGAGUACGAGAUGGUGCUCACCAACGGGAAGUCGUUUUGGACACGGCACUUCUCUGCCGACGAGUUUGGCAUCCUGGAGACUGACAUCACCUUCCUCCUCAUCUUCAUUCUCAUCUUCUUCGUUUCCUGCUACUUUGGCUAUCUGCUCAAGGGGCGGCAGCUGCUGCACACGACCUACAAGAUGUUCAUGACGGCUGCUGGUGUGGAGGUCUUGAGCCUGCUUUUCUUCUGCAUCUACUGGGGCCAAUACGCCUGUGAUGGGGUCGGCAAUGGCAGCCUCAAGAUUUUGGCCAAGCUGCUGUUCUCCAUCAGCUUCCUCGUCUUCCUCCUGAUGCUGAUCCUUCUGGGCAAGGGCUUUACUGUCACCAGGGGCCGCAUCAGCCACGCGGGCUCAGUGAAGCUGUCGGUCUACAUGACGCUCUACACCAUCACGCACGUCGUCCUCUUCAUCUAUGAGGCUGAAUUCUUUGACCCAGCACAGGUGUUGUACACAUAUGAGUCGCCGGCCGGCUACGGGCUCAUUGCGCUGCAGGGCCUGGCCUAUGUCUGGUUCUGCUACGCCGUGCUCAUCACACUCAAGCAGUUCCCGGAGAAGCAGCCGUUCUACGUGCCCUUCUUCGCCGCUUACACGCUCUGGUUUUUCGCGGUGCCUGUCACGGCACUCAUUGCCAACUUCGGCAUCCCCAAGUGGGCGCGGGAGAAGAUCGUCAAUGGGAUCCAGCUGGGGAUCCACCUCUACGCACAUGCCGUCUUCCUGAUCAUGACGCGCCCGUCGGCCGCCAACAAGAACUUCCCAUACCAUGUGCGCACGUCGCAGAUUGGCAUCGUGGAGGAGGGGGCGGCGCCAGGUGCCAAGUUCCCACAUCACGUCUACGGCAACGUCACCUUCAUCAGCGACUCCGUGCCCAACUUCACCGAACUCUUCUCCAUUCCCCAUGGGCCCCCGGCGCCUGCCGCCAGUGCCCGGAAGCAGGUGGAGGAGACACCAGCCCUGGAGCAGCGUGGCGCAGUGGUGACCACAUCGGCAGAGCUGGGCAGCUCUGUGGCCCCGAAGCCAGGAGGGGGGGCUGAGAGCCAGCCCCCCCCCUACCAGCUGCACGCGCCCCAGCUGCAUACCCAGAAUGGCUUCACUGAGUACUUCAGCAUGCACACGGCCAGUGCCCGGCCUGUGUAACAACCCCCCCCCACUGCAGGGAGGUGGGGUCCCGGGGCUGUGGGGUGCCCCGGUCCCUCCUCUCCUCCCCCCAGGGGCUCCCAGCACCUAUCUCUGCCCCCCCCAGCCCCUGCAGGGCCUGUCCCCUCCUCCCCGGGACCCCCUCCCAGCUGGGGCCACGCACCCCCGGAACCUCCCCAUCGGUGCUGUGGAUGCUGGCACCUCCUGGGUCCAGCCAGAGCCAGUUUUGCCAAAAUAAAGAGGAUUCUCGUGUUUCCACGGGACUCUGCGUCUCUCCUGGGGGGACACUGCAAUCUGUGGGUGAUGUACUGCAUUGCAGGGGUGAUGCACUGCACUGGGGGGGGCACACUGCAGUAGAGUAAUAGGCUCACUGCAGUGGGGUUGGAUCACUGCAUGCCGGGGUCUCUGCAUGACCCUUGUGUCACUGCAGAGGGACGGGGCCCUCGCGCAGAGGCACCCCGCUGGGGUGGAUGGGAGGCUGCACAUGUCACUGCACGGCGGGGUCACGUGGUAACUGGGCGGGCGGCAGCGCCCUCUGCCGUGCUGCAGAGCCUUGCGGGCCGCUCUGUCCACACGUCUCGCUGUUCCGGACCUCCACGGUGCCGCUCUAGCAAGUUUUCUCGAUCUUCCGGCUCGCUCUAGCGCGUCAUCUCGUUGUUCCGGACCUCCACGACUCUAGCAUGUCUUCUCGCUGUUCCGGGUUGCUCUGGCCCAUCGUCUCGCUUCCUUAGUCAUCCAUGAAUCCGCUCUGGUAGUUCUUCUCGUUGCUCUCUGCCGUUCUGGUCAUUCACCUCGUUGCUCCGGGCCUCCAGCCUGCCACUCUAGCUCUAGCUCUCCCUCUUGCUGCUCCUUGUCGCUCUGACUCCUAGUUUCUCUGCCCAGGACUACAAAUGACGUCAUUCUUGGUUUCCUCCUCUCGCUGCCCUGGGCCGCUCUAGCUGCCACCUCGUUGGCCUAGACUUGCAGGAUGCCACUCUA